UCUCAGAAAUAGAUCUGAAGGUCUGAAAGGGGAACUUUACUUUUUUCUUUCUUUUUUUAUGCGAAGCAGCAAAAAAUGAUUUCUUUUCUAUAUCAGUAUAUCAGUUAGUGUUACAUAAUUCUUUAUUGCUUGUUUGCAGUCAUAUCCCAUUCAGUCUGACAUCUACUCAUUAAAGCUGGUUUGAGUUUCUUAAAAAUUGAUUGUCCUGCCACAUAUAAAAUAGUGUAAAAUUAAAAACAUCUGUUCUUAGUAAUUCUGUUUUGAAAAAAUAUCACUUCAAUAGUUUACUUCACUUAUGACUUAUGCUUUAGUUUUAAAAUAGUGUUAAGAAAUAAAAUGUCUGAUGUUCUUGAUUUUGUUUAGUUCAUUGUUUCAACAUGGAAGAUGAUGGACCUACUGACAGCAUCACCCCAGAGUUUUAUGACAUAAUUAAUGAGAGAACACAGAAUUCUUCCAGUUCAAAUAAUGACACAAGGAGAGUCAAUUCAUCCCAACAAGACUCUGACAGAAACAAAAAUGUGUACAUUAUCAUGCAGCAACUCAACAGCAGCAACCCCAACACUGUAAACAGCCAUGUAAUGACCUUUGCUCCUGCUGAACCUUCCACCAUGUCAGAUACAUCUGUUUUGAUGCCUCCCCCCGCCACACCUGACAGAAAGUCACACAGUGAAGAUACAGGACUAGAUUCUGACAGUGAGAACAACAUUGGGGCAUGCCUGAUCUGCGGAGACAGGGCAUCAGGCUACCACUAUUCUGUCUACUCAUGUGAAGGUUGCAAGGGCUUCUUCAAGCGGACAGUGCAGAAGAGUUUGCAGUACAUCUGUAAGGACCAGAGCAUGUGCUUCAUUAACAAAUUCUCCAGGAACUCUUGUCAGUUCUGUCGAUUCCAGAAGUGUCUUAACAUGGGCAUGAGACGAGAUGCGGUUAGAGAGGACAGAUCACCUGGUGGUAAACACAGACAUAAGCGUCCAAAAAUUGAAGAUACACAACACUUAGCCACUGUCUCCAGCUCAACAUCACCAGUAGUCAAGGCUGUGGAAAUCAAGCUGCCUAUGGAAAAGUCAGCAGUGGAUGAUCCAUUGAGAGAAAGUCUCUUGGCUGCUAAGCCUCACCUAUAUCCCAAAGCUGAAAAUCCAACUGAUAGAUUGGAAAACGUAACUGUCAGUGAACUAAUGCAUUAUGGAUACUUAGAACUUCGUUAUAUUAUUGAAUGGGCCAAGAAAGUGCCAGGUUUUGCAGAACUAGAUUUCUCAGACCAAAUAGCACUUUUGAAAUCUUCUUUUAUGGAAUUGAAUGUUCUUAGGCUGUCAUUCAGGUCCAUGGAUUUUGAAAAUAAAAUCAAAUUCUGUGAGGAUCUCAUCCUGCCCAUAAACUAUUGUGAAAGCAUGGGCUGGGGGAAAGAGCUUGUUGAUGGUACUAUAGAGUUUGCUCAACGUUUGAAAGAUAUAAACCUGGACCUGACUGAAUUUUGUAUACUCAAUGGUAUCGUCCUGAUGUAUCCAGACGCUCAUGGAAUUGAAGAUAAAAUUCAUAUCGCAGAGCUGCAAUCUAAAAUUUUAGAUUGCCUGAGACGCCACAUCGUUCGUCAGUACCCCCAAGACACUAAAAGAUUUGGUAAGAUACUUUUGCGACUGCCGUCACUUAGAAUUAUAAGUGCCAAGGCUGCAGAGAGGUUUCUUUCCCUGACAUUUGAAGGCUCUAUUCAGCUGAAUGACCUUGUCUUGGAAAUGAUGAACUGAGGUAACUUUUUCCAGAGAUGUGAUGGAGUUUAUGUAUUAUGCCUUAAUGUAUAUUAACCUGCUGACAUAAUCACACAUGUAUUUUGUCAGCUGGAGGCAUGGAAAUGUUUGUUAUUUACAUUAAAAAGUAAGAGGCAUUAAAGGAAAUCUUUAACUGACUUGAACUAUAUUAUCACUGUGAUUUAAUAGCUGUUAUCACUGUGAGUUACUUUCAAGGAUUGCCCAGUGUUAUUUCACUUUAAAUCUACACUUAUUAGACGGAGAGGCUAUUCAUUGCAAUUUGAAUACUCUGACAACAUUUAGAUUCACUAUAAUUGUGGUAGUAUGAUGUGACACAUAAAUGUACAGCUGCAUACAUGAUGCUGAGAGCUUAAAAAAAUUGUUUUGUAAUUAAACGUUAUCAAGAAAUAGCAUCCUAAUUAAUUCCAAAUGAUACAGAGCUAGUACAAAUUUUGUCGAAAACAAAUUUAUAGCUAGUUGCAAACUAAUUAUUUUUCAAGCCAUUGUCACAUUAUAUAUUAUUAUUAUUAUAGCUUUUAUAUAGCGCUACUUUCAUGCUUAUAGCAUGCUCAGAGCGCAUUUGGUCCAAUCUCAUUUGUGAUACCAGUGUAUCUAGGAGUGGGUUUUCCGUGCUGCCUUUAGGCGCUCAGUAAACACAACUCUGCCUGAGUCGGGUGUUGAACCUCGAGCCCCCUUCUAGGUAGCCAAGCCAGGCCAAGUCCAAGCACACUUGGCCUCUCGACCACACUUCCCACAUUUGGCUUUUUUUUCAGUUCAUAUAAAUAUUGAAUAAAAACAACAUUUAAUAGAACAAGACAUUGAACUAAAGAAAUGCAUAAAAAAGUUUUCAAUCAAUAUCUUGAUCCUUUUUAAAAUUCUGUAACAAAUGCAGUUUUUGUUGUAUAGCUUUUCAUGAUCAUUUAAAACAGUAAUCAUUGGUAAUAGAAUCAUAUUUUUAUUGGUGUGGAAAAUUGUUUCACAACUUAAAUCGAGUGGGAUAAAUAUUCUUUUCUUUUUUUAAUUUCACUAUAAUUUCAACUAUAAUUAUAAACUGUAUUUUUUAAAAUUAUUAUUCAAUUAUGUUUUUAAAAAAUUCCCCAUUGAUAUUUUAUUUUUGAAGAAAAAGAUUGAUAAAGCUUGAUAUAUCAUAUGCAUUCAUAAACAAGGUUCAGUCCUGUAAGACAAAAAUAUAUAAAUCUUUUUUAAAACCUAUUACAUAAAUUCAUUUGUAAUGUUUUUUCAGCUAUUUAAUGAGAGCCAUAGAUUUUUUUUGUUCUCUUUCUUAUCAGUUGUCUGUGUUCAAUAGACUUGUUUUAAGCUUAACCUAUUAGCUUGUUUGUUGAUGGUUUCUGUGGAGUUUCUACAUAAUGGUUCAUUCAAAUUAGAGCCUAAGGAGCUGUGUCCAAGUUAUUGUCAUUCUCACACCAGCACAUUCUAGUAAGUCCAUACAAAGUCAUUUAUUUUAUACAUUCUAGUGGAAGUCAAACAUUGAUAGUCUCGCUCCAGAACUUGUUUGGACUGUUAUUGAAGAUUGUAUUGAUUCAUAAAAAAUUGCUGCUUCUGAGUUUGUUCUAAAAUUCUUUUUUUUUUUUCUUUAUUAGCUAGUGUUAAUUUUUGUUUUAAUUACAGAAAACUUUGUUUAAGUAAAUAUAAUAGUCACUCUCUGUACCAUGAAAUAAAAAGAAUAACUUAUCAGGUUAUUGUAAGUUUUAAAAAUACAGUCAGUUUGAAACUGUGUACAUUUUGCAUUAUUACAACAUUACCUGCCCUUGACUAGGGAACAUACUAUUACCUGCCCUUGACUAGUUCAUGUAAUUAUUUCUGUUAUCAUUAAUUACUAAUCUCUUGGUUGCUUCUUGUUUUGGAUCACAAUGUUUCUAUCUGGAGACUUUUUUACCUAACCUGAAAGAAACUUCCUAGUAGCUGUUCUUAUCAAAGUGAUUUGUGAUAAGGUCACAUUCACUGUAGGC